GGAUUCGGGGCAUGUAAUUGCCUCGAGGUAGGUCUCUGGUUCGCCUUGAUCUACCAACAAGACGUCACCUUCAUCAGACAUGAGAAAUCCAUAUCUGACCGGAGGAUUACGUAUCCGGUCUGACCUACGUGGUAUAUCUUGAGCAAUUUGAGGUUCAAUUGCUUGAUCUCUUUGCUCAGGCAUGCCCUCGUCCGUGUAGGGUGUGCGUUGACCUUUAUGGUUCACUGUUCACUGUCUUCCCUGAUGCUUCUUGCGUUGCUUCUCUGAGUUGCUUCUGCUCCCAUGGGUUCUGGCAAAGCCCAGAGUGCUAAGAAGGCUAAGAAGAAGCUUCCUAGGAGUCCUAAGAAGAAAAGGAGUGGAGAUGAUGUUACGGAGACACCUAGUCUGAAUACGGACAUUGCCAUGGAACUACUUGAGAAGGAGAAGGCUCCAACUGCUUCUUCCACGUCUGAGACAUCCCCCCCACAUGUUGAAGACGUCUCAGACACAGGUGCUCAGGUGGGGAUAACCUCUGCGCAAGAGACCCCCCAGGUGUUUGACAAAAUGCCUGAACCAGAGAUGGUUGCUGCCAAACCUGUUACGUUUGCUGACCUUUUCAAGGGCAAUAGGGACCCUGACCAAGGUAUGAUUCUGAAGCAAUAUGAUGUUGGGGAAGGUACUUUUCAUAUCCCGGAUUCCAUUAUCAAACCUGUUGAAGAGUUGUGGGGUUUCUGCCUUGUGGGCUGCUUUACUGGACGUUUCCCUGGCCUCAAGGCAGUGGAUACUAUUGUAAAAAGCUGGAAUGUACCUUGUAGAAUCAUUCCCCAUUGUAAGGGCUGGGUUAUUCUUAAGUUUGAGAAUGAUAGUGAUAGAUUGGAUGUGCUGGGCAGGGAAAGGGACAAAGCUUAUGGGAAGGAGUUUAGACUCAAAAUUCCUUCUCAUGGUUUCAUGUUUGUUUUUGCUGAAUUCACCACUCUACCUGUCUUGGUUCAUCUACACAAUGUUCCAUUGCAGCUAUGGUCUGAAGAAGGAAUUGGAAUGCUAGCCUCAAAAUUUGGAAAACCUUUGAGAACUGACCUGGUUACAAAGCAGCAAGGCAAGGGUGGAUUCUGUAGAGUGCUUGUUGAGGUUGACUUCUCAAAACAGCCUGUGACUCACUUUGAGGUAGCUUGUAUGGGUAAUACAUACACACAAACAGUGGUGUUUGAGGAAGACCCCAAAUACUGCUUUCAUUGCAAAACCUGGAACCAUGGCCCCUUCUAACCAUGAAAACCAAAUACAUCUCACACACAAUUACUCAUCGCAAACUUCAUACACACCGCACAACCCACCAACACACCAAAGGCCAUGUUUUUAACUCGGCAGUCAGCCCACCAGCGAAUGUCGGGUGCCCAUGACAGUCGCAUCGAAUAGUGCCAUGCAAAACCGAACAAAACCGUAGCAAACCGUCCCACCCACUUAGAGCCGACCUAAAACCGACUGCAUUAGCCCCAUACGACUGGUCCUUCAACCU